CUUCCUGUGAGGCCUCCUCUGAGUCCCGCAGCUCCCAGUUCCUGAGAGAAGAACCCUGAGGAGCAGCCUGUCCCCAGCGGGCCCUGACACCUCCACCCGGACAUGCUGCUGCUGCUGCCGCUGGCCCUGCUCUGGGGGAGGGCGGGGGGGCAGCAACAGAGACGGCCCUGGGCGGCUUAUAGCCUGAAAGUGCCGGAGGUGGUGACGGUGCAGGAGGGCCUGUGUGUCCAUGUGCCCUGCUCCUUCUCCUACCCCUCGGAAGGCCGGAAAGAGUCUGGCCCUAUUUCUGGCUACUGGUUCCGGGACGGGGCCAAUACAAACCACGAUGCUCCAGUGGCCACAAACAACAGAACUCGACAAGUGCAGGAGGAGACCCGGGGCAGAUUCGACCUCCCUGGGGUCCCCAUGAGGAACAACUGCUCCCUGAGUAUCAGCAAUGCCACGCGGAGUGACCAUGGAUUAUACUUUUUUAAGGUGGAGAAAGGACAGAGCAUAAAAUGGAACUAUGUACGCAAUAAGCUCUCUGUGCGUGUGACGGCCCUGACCCCCAACAUCCUCCUACCGGGGACCCUGGAGUACGGCCACACCAGGAACCUGACCUGCUCUGUGCCCUGGACCUGUGAGAAGGGAUUGCCCCCCAAGAUCUCCUGGGCUGGGCCCGCUGUGGUCCCUCAGGGUCCCACCACCGGCCACUCCUCAGUGCUCACCCUCGUCCCACAGCUCCAGCACCAUGGCACCAACCUCACCUGCCAGGUCACCUUGCCUGGGACUGAUGUGACCGGGAUGAGGACCGUCCAUCUCAAUGUAUCCUACUCUCCUCAGAACUUGACUGUGACUGUCCUCCUAGGAAGCAGCACAGCUCCCACAGCCCUGAGGAACGGCUCAUCUCUGUCAGUUCUGGAGGGCCAGUCUCUGCACUUGGCCUGUGAUGCUGACAGCAACCCCCCUGCCAAGUUGAACUGGAACUUUAAGAGCUUGACCCUGAGCCCCUCACAGCCUUCAGACCCUGGGCUAUUGAAGCUGCCCCAAGUGCAACUCAGACAUGAAGGAGAAUACACCUGCCAAGCACAGAACCCUCUGGGGUCCCAGCACGUCUCUCUGAUUCUCCUCCUGCAGAGUGAACAUGGCCCCCUGAACCAAGGAGAGGGAUGGGGAGGGAGGAGACACGACCCUGAAUCCCACCUCCCAGUGUGGGAAGGACCGGAAAGGGGCAAGAGGGUCUGGGCCAGGCAGGAGAGUGAAGUCCCGCAGGAGGAAGUCAGCUCAGACAGUAGUGGGUAUGGAGGAUGCGGACAUUGUCGUAGCCUGAUCCCUCAGGAAACUCUAGAACAAGCCAAACUCAUGGAUGAUGACAAAAGCCAGGACACUGGUUGCCUCUCAGACCGGACUUGCAGGCAGAGAUUGACAUAGAAGGGGCUGAUGCAUGGUGUUUUCUCAGGUGACUGAAUGUCCCAUAGCUUCAUAGGGUUUUGGCUGUGUGAACACAAGCCAUUCUCACCAAGUGAUGUCUUUGAGCUGCCAUGGGCAUCUCACAAACUCAGCACCCAGCCUGAAUAAUUUGGGGUGAAGUCCCCUCUUUCUGAAUCUCAGACAGCUGCCUUCUUACUGUGCCCCUACAUAGAGGGAGAGAGCUCCGGUUCCUUCCCCUCCUUAGAAUAGUACUCAUUGCAUCAAGAGGGGUCCACCUUCAUACCCUUAUCUAAAUUAUAUUACCCAUCAAAGGUCUUAACCGCAAAUACCAUUAAAUUGGAGAUUAGAGUUUCAGCAUAUGACUUUUGGGAAGAAACAUUCAGUCCAGAGCAAAGGCUAACCCUGUAAAUAAUUGGUAAAUAAUCAGCAGUCAAUGAUGUUGCUUUAGACCAGGGGUUAUUUGAUCAUUUUGUGAUUAGGACAGAGUUUUAGUUUGCACCUGUGUUGAAAAAUAACUAGAGAGUGGUUUUAUUCUUGCCUGGUGCUGUGGUCCGGUGUUUUCACUCACACACUUUGGGGAAUCAGCUCUGAAGUUCAGAGGGAGAGCUAGCUGACCCAGGGUGGCCACAGCCUCACGGGGCAGUUUUAUGGUCCCCUGAUCAGCCGAGGAGUCUCAGUUCGCCACCUUUCCCUUCCUCGGUGGCAGCAUGGAAUAGUGGUGUGCAGGACCCCAGGGAAGAGCUCAGACUUUACCAAGCUAUCGGUCCCUGCCAGCCAAUCCCAUGGGGGUAGGAAAAGACUUGUGGGGGGCCUCAGGGGUCAGCUCAUUAGACAAGUCCUCACCAGGACCCACACAUCUGUCUUCUCCUCAGCCCUUUUCCUGAGAGCUCUGUGGCGUGGAGGGUCUGACAUCCCUAACAUGAGGGCUGCUGUAGGGGAAGAGAACCCGAUUUUCCUCUGAAGAAAGUGCAGGUUGGGCCAUGAGGACCCAGGGAUCAGGGCAGAGGGGAAGGUGGUAUUAUGGCCUGAAAUGCAUCCCCACUCCGAAUUUAUAUGUUGAUGUCCCAACCUGCAGUACCUAAGGGUUUGGCUGUACUUGUCAACAGUGUCUUUAAAGGGACACAGUCCUCCCUUGGUGUUAGUGGGGGACUGGCUCCAGAACACUCCCCACAUACCAACAUUCAUGAUGCUCCAGUCUGUGAUAUAAAAUGGUGCAGUAUCUGUGUACAACCUAUGCAUAUCCUCUUGCCUCCAGAUUACCUGUAAUGCCUGAUACAAUGUAAUUGUUGUGCAGCAAUUUAUCCCAUAUUUCUGAAAUUGGUAUUAACUUUAUUGUUAUGCUGUUGUCAUUCAUUGGUUUUUGUUUUUAAAUAUUUCUGAU